AAAGGAUGUGAUAUUUUAUAUCAAUUUGUUUUUCACCAUUUUGGCACUGGUGGUAGUGGUUUGUAACGAUGGUGGUGGGAUACCAGUUGGAUAUAUAACUGAAAUAUGUGGUCUAGCUGGCUGUGGGAAGACACAGUUAUGUUUUCAAUUGGCAAUUAAUUGUGUUAAACAAGACAAUAAUAUUCUUUAUAUUGAUACAAAAGGAGAUUUUAGUGCUAUUAGACUUCAGAGAAUUUUAAAUGACCUAUGUUAUACUCAUGAGGAAAUGGCACAAUGUUUGGGUAAAAUAAAAGUAGUCCAGAUAUGGACAAUGGAGGAAAUUAUAGAUUUGUUUAAGAAGAUUAAAGAUAAAACUUUAAUUAUACAUAAUCUGGUGUUAAUAAUAAUAGAUUCAUUGCCAUGUCUCCUACUGCAACAUUUUGGUGAUGAUAACAAAAUUGGUUUAAAUUAUUUAAACAUACUGGUCAAUCAUUGCCGCUUUAUUUGCAAGAAUUUUAAUGUUGGUAUAGUAUGUGUUAACAUUCAAACAAGAUGGGUUCAACAAGAUUUAGCUGACUAUGAAGAAGAAGAUGACCAUCUAAGAGAGACAUAUGUUGAAAAACAAACAAGAGGUUCUGGGAAAUACUGGCAACAUAUACCUGCACUGGUGUUUCAAAUGGAAAAAAUAAUGAAUACAGUUGAUAUUGAAAGUGACAAAAAUAAUUUUCCAGUAAAAUUAACUCUGAUUAGGACGAAUAAAAUAAAUUUAGGACAAAAAUGUAUACUUAAUGUGGGAAGCUCUGGUGUAAGAUGAUACAUGCUAAACAAUAUUACUUAGUCUUCUAAGUACAAUAUUAAUGCUGUUUUUUUUGUUGAACAAUAAACUACUACCAAAUA